AGUAAAACAAAACCUCUUCGGCCACAAAAUCCUCAUUCAAUUCGCCACACAAGCAUAGUAUUAACCGCUGUGUAAGAACAUCAACCCAGAGUAGUCUACAAUUCUGACUCUGCCACACUCUGCACGGCUCCAACUACUCUACACCACCGGUAUUUGGAUUCUGCUUCAUUCAACUGCUACCGUCAAUCUUUCGAUGUCUUUUAUCGUGAUUUUGUUGCACUCUUGCUGAUUCUUCCCUAUAAACUACUGGUGUGUUCCUGACAGAGCUGUGCAAGUUAAAGUGAAGAGAGUUCACUGAAAUUCCUUUUUCUUUUCAGAUCACAUCCGCCAAUAACCAACGCAGUUUCUCCAAAACAGUUGCUUUCCGUACUCACAAUCACUUGUUUGUUGUUGACAUCAUUUCAUGGCAUUAGCUGUGGUAGGUGGUGCACUCCUUUCUGCUUUCAUUGACGUUCUCUUUGACAGACUAGCUUCCCCUGAGUUUGUCAACUUCAUCCGAGGAAAGAAGCCUGAAAGGUUACUUCAAAAGAUGAAGAGCCAGCUGCUUGUGGUUAAAGUUGUGCUUGCUGAUGCUGAGAAGAGACAGAUCUCAAACUCCGAUGUCAAAGACUGGCUCGAUCUUCUCAGAGAUCUUGUCUACGAGGUUGAUGACUUACUUGAUGAAGUUUCUACUAAAGCUGCUACCCAAAAGGAGGUAAGCAAUUCCUUUUCUCGCAUUUUCAACAGGAAAAAGAUUGUUAGUAUUAGUAAGUUGGAAGAGAUGGUUGAAAGGUUAGAUGAUAUUCUAAAACAAAAGGAGAGUCUUGAUUUGAAAGAUAUUCCAGUGGAGAACUACCACUCAUGGAAAGCUCAACCAACAUCUCUGGAAGAUGGAUACGGUAUGUACGGUAGAGAUAAAGAUAAAGAGGCCAUAAUGAAGAUGGUGUUAGAGGAUGUCACUGAUACUGAACAACUGUGUGUGAUCCCUAUUGUAGGCAUGGGUGGGGUUGGAAAAACCACUUUGGCAAGAUCGGUGUUCAACGAUGGCAAAUUGAAGCAGCAGAUAUUUGAUUUAAAGGCAUGGGUUUGUGUUUCUGAUAUAUUUGAUAUUGUGAAGGUCACAAGAACUAUGAUAGAGGAAAUUACCCGCAAGCCCUGUAAAUUGAGUGAUUUAAAUGCCCUUCAACUUGUGUUGAGAGACAAACUGAAAGGUAAAAGAUUUUUUAUUGUCUUGGAUGAUGUUUGGAUCGAGGAUUGUGACAAUUGGAGUUGUCUUACAAAACCAUUUCUAAGCGGCUCCAAGGGAAGUAAAGUUGUGGUCACAACCCGCAAUGAAAAUGUAGCGGCAGCCGUGCCUUUUCAUAGUGUUGAAGUAUAUCGUCUAAAUAAAUUGACAAAUGAAGAUUGUUGGUUGGUGUUUGCAAACCAUGCAUUUCCUCCCUCAGAAGCCUGUGAGGAUAGAGAAACUCUACGAAUGAUCGGAAAGGAGAUUGUUAAAAAGUGUAAUGGGUUGCCUUUAGCUGCACAGUCACUUGGAGGAAUGUUGAGAAGAAAACACGCCGUUAGGGAUUGGAAUAAUGUACUUGAAAGUGACAUUUGGGAACUUCCUGAAAGUCAGUGUAAAAUUAUUCCAGCACUCAGAAUUAGUUAUCAUUAUCUCCCUCCACAUUUAAAACGGUGUUUUGUUUAUUGCUCACUGUACCCCAAAGAUUAUGAAUUCGAUAAAGAUGAACUGAUCCAGCUAUGGAUGGCUGAAGAGCUUGUAAAAGCACCAAAAAAAGAAAAGACUCUAGAAGAAGUUGGUCAUGAGUAUUUUGAUGAUUUGGUUUCGAGAUCCUUUUUCCAUCGUGUAAGUCAUGCGACUUGGGGUGAUUAUUUUUUAAUGCACGACCUGAUGCAUGAUCUAGCAACAUUUACCGGCGGGGAAUUCUAUUUCAGAGCAGAUGAACUUGGGAAAGAAACUAAAAUCAGUAGAAAGACUCGACACUUGUCAUUUACAAGAUUCAGUGAACCAGUAUCGGAUAUUGAAGGUUUUGACACAGUAAAAUUUUCCAGAACUUUCUUGCUGAUCAAUUAUAAAGAUUCUCCAUUCAACAAUGAAAAGGCACCAUAUAUUGUAGUGUCGAUGCUUAAGUACUUGAGAGUUUUAUCGUUUUGUAGCUUCAAAAGUCUGUUUGCUCUGCCUGAUUCAAUUGGUGAAUUGAUUCAUUUGCGUUAUCUAAAUCUAUCUCAUACAAGUAUAGAAACUUUGCCAGAGUCAUUGUGUAAUUUGUGCAAUCUACAAACUUUGAAGUUGGCAUUUUGCUCAAAGCUGACUCAGUUGCCUAUUGCCAUGCAAAAUCUUGUAAACUUACGUCAUCUUGAAAUUCAUGAAUCUCGCAUAAAAGAGAUGCCUAAAAGAAUGGGGAAAUUAAAUCAAUUACAGAAGUUGGAUUUGUAUAUUGUGGCCAAGGAUAAAGAAAAUAGCAUCAAAGAACUGGGAGGACUUCCAAAUCUAUGUGGUUCGUUUUGUAUUACGGCACUGGAAAAUGUUACGAAAGGCGAAGAAGCAAUAGAAGCCAGUAUAAUGGAUAAGAAGCAUAUUAACCAUUUAUCCUUAGAAUGGUCUAUAAGUAACGACAAUGGCAUCGACUUCCAAAUUGAAUUACAUGUACUCAGAAAAUUACAACCUCACCGAGACCUGCAAACGCUGUUAAUAAUUGGUUAUAAAGGAACCAUAUUUCCAGAGUGGGUGGGGAAUUUUUCCUACCGCUACAUGACAAGUGUAAGUUUAUAUAAUUGUAACAACUGUUGCAUGCUUCCUUCAAUGGGGCAACUACCAUCUCUCAAGUUCCUCUAUAUUUCAGAGAUUAAUUCGGUGAAGACUAUUGAUGCAGGAUUUUACAAGACCGAAGAUUGUUCAUCUGCGAUACCCUUUCCCUCCCUUGAAUUUCUACACAUUUUUCGCAUGCCUAGAUGGGAGGUGUGGACUGCAUUUGCUUCAGAAGCUUUUCCUGUGCUGAAGGAUAUUUGUAUAUCUGAUUGUCCCAAACUAAGGGGAGCUUUUCCAAAUCACCUUCCCGCUCUGCAAACACUUAGCAUUACAAAUUGCGAGCUUCUUGUCUCUUCUGUCUUAAGGGUUCCCAACCUUCGAUCAAUAGAGAUAUGUAACACCAACAAAGUAAUGUUUCAUGAGUUUCCUCUUUUGGUGAAAUUUAUAGACGUAGAAGGACCAAUGGUGGAGUCCAUGAUGGAGGCCAUCACUAACAUCCAAUCUACUUGCCUCCAAUCUUUAAGAUUACAGAAGUGUUCGUCAGCCAUAUGGUUUCCAGGUGAUCGUCUUCCUGCAUCGCUGACAGCUCUUGAUGUCAGUUGCUUAAACAACUUGAAAUUCCCGAUGCAACACAAGCACGAAUUACUGGAAUCGCUAAGAAUAAAGAAUAGUUGUAAUUCGCUCACGUCUCUUCCAUUGGCUAUCUUCCCAAGUCUCACUCAUCUUGAUAUCAUAAGCUGUGAAAAUAUGGAAUCACUUUUGGUCUCACGGUCAGAGUCGUUGAAGAGUUUGAAAUCUUUGGAGAUUGAACACUGUCCCAACUUUGUAUCUUUUCUGGGAGAGGGAUUGUGUGCACCCAAUUUGAUUCGUUUCCGUGUUUGUGAUUGUGAGAAGUUGAAGUUGUUGCCCGAUGAGAUGGGAACUCUUCUUCCAAAAAUGGAAUAUCUUAACAUAUCCAACUGCCAACAAAUAGAGUCAUUCCCUGUAGGGGGUAUGCCACCUAACUUGAGAACAGUUGAGAUCGAAAAUUGUGAGAAACUACUAAGCAGUAAAGCAUGGGUAUGCAUGGACAUGGUUACCUCUCUCAUUGUGAGUGGUCCAUGUGAUAGCAUCGACUCCUUCCCGGAGGAGGCUUUGCUGCCUCCCUCUCUUACGUCUCUAAGUCUCUAUAACUUCACAAGUCUGGAGACGUUGGAGUGCAAGGGCUUUCUUCAUCUCACGUCGCUACGAGAAUUGGACAUUCAAAAAUGUGAAAAGUUAAAGAAUAUUGCUGGAGAAAGUCUUCCUGUCUCUCUAAUGAAAUUAAGCAUAAACGGAUGUCCCUUACUGCAAGAACGAUGCCAUAAGAAGGACCGUGAAAUUUGGCCUAAAAUCUGCCAUGUCCAUGUGCUAGAGAUUGACGAUAGAUAUAUCUAACCAUAAAAACUAUUUUUGUCAAUGCUGUUUUUCAUUUCAUUUCUUUUUCCUUUCAAAUUUAAGUCAAUUAGUGAAUUCAACUAAUUUUAAAUCAGUUCAUUUCUCUGUUCGAUAGUUUACUGGAAUU